AUGAAUCUUAAAGCUCAAACGCUCAAGGUAACAUUGGCUGGAAACGCUAAUGCGGGCAAAACAUGCAUGAUCCAUAGACUUAUUCAUUUCCAAUAUGUUGAAGGCUUUCAUCAAACUGUUGGAACAGCUACACAUGAUUGGUCGCCAAUUGUUGGAGAUAAAACAUUAGACAUUCAGAUUUAUGAUACAGCAGGUGCUGAGCGCUACAGAUCUAUCGCUUCUAUUUACUUUAGAGAAGCAAACGGUGCGGUUAUUACAUAUGAUGCAUCCGAUGAAGUUCCAACCGAAGAUCUUAAGUUCUGGAUCCAGUCAUUCAGAGAAAUGGCCAAAGUAAACGCUCCGAUUGUUAUCGCAGCAAACAAAGCAGAUUUAAUUGAAGAUCGUUCAGCUCUUCAGACUCAAGUUAACAAGGUCAAAGAGGAAUUCGGUUACCCAGUCUUCAUAACCUCUUCAAAGACAGGAGAAGGCAUUGCUCAAAUGUUCCAAUUCUUGGCAGAGAAAAUCCAUGAGGUUUUCCCUGACAGUAUUACAAUAGAUUCAGAAUUCCACGAAAACGAGCAACCAGGCUGCCAAUGCUGA